GAAGCGGGCCCCCGAAUUGAGACUCCCCCCCAUCCCCCCGCCGGCUUGGGGCGUUCGUCCCCAGAGAAAGAAGAGUUCCAUGUAGUCAACGUGAAGCUUUUUUGAGAGAAAAUCUGUGACUCUCCACUGCAUGAGUUAUAUGCUACCUACUAACCCUGAAGAAAAGCUGGAAAGGAAGUUACAGGCAAGGAAAACUAAAAGUUUGGAAUUGAACUUGGAGGAUCUGGGCCUAGAAAUGCCUCAGCCUAGUGUGAGUGGAAUGGACCCUCCUUUUGGGGAUGCCUUUCGAAGCCACAUGUUUUCAGAACAGACUUUGAUGAGCACAGACCUCUUGGCUAGCAGUUCUGAUCCAGAUUUCAUGUAUGAAUUGGACAGAGAAAUGGAUUACCAGCAGGGUUCCAGGGACAACCUCCUUUCUGUAGAGGACUGUAAAGAUCUUGAGAACCUGGAAUCUUUUACAGACAUUCUGGAUACUGAAAUGCCUCUCCCUUCAAAGUGGGAACAGUGGGACACUUACUGUGAAGAUUUGACGAAGUACACCAAAUUAACCAACUGUGACAUCUGGGGAACAAAAGAGGUGGAUUAUCUGGGCCUUGAUGAUUUUUCAAGCCCAUACCAGGAUGAAGAGGUGAUCAGUAAAACUCCAACUCUGGCACAGCUCAACAGUGAGGACUCUCAGCCUGUCUCAGAUCCACUGUGCUAUUCAGAAUUGCUGUUCAAUGUAAAACAAAGCCAGUUGACGUCUCUGCCAGCAAAGAAGAUCACAACCAGAGCAGCAGCCCCAGUUUGUUCGUCCAAGACUGCUCAAGCUGAGGCACCUUUAUCAGAAUUUGCUCAAAAAGCAAGCAAGGCCAAUUCAAGCACACAAAUCAUGGUGAAGACCAAUGUGUACAGCAAUGAGAAGGUGAACAUUCAUGUUGAGUGUAAAGAUUAUGUUAAAAAGGCAAAAGUAAAAAUAAAUCCUGCACCCCAGAGUAGGUCUGCAAUGAACCAGGCUUACGCUGAUGCUGCAAAAGAAAAUACUUGCUACUGUGGAGCUGUAGCAAAGAAACAAGAGCGGAAAGGGGUCGACUCCGUUCAAAGUCACAGUGCUCCAAUUUUGCCUUUUAAAGAGACUCAGGCGCUGCUCCUCACUCCACCCCAGGACACUCCAGGACUAAUCGCUGAGGAGAGCAAUCUCUCUGCCAGCACAUCGGUUUCAGAUCCAUCACAGAAAAAGGAAGAACACAAUUAUUCUCUCUUUGUCACGGACAGCUUGGCUGAGCAGGCAAUCAAAGCUGAACCUGAUGAGGAUGAAGAUGAGGAGGAAGAUGUGGAAGAUGAAGACCACGAUGAAGGGUUUGGCAGUGAGCAUGAACUGUCUGAAAAUGAUGACGACGAGGAGGAUUAUGAGGAUGACAAAGAUGAUGAUAUCAGUGAUACUUUUUCUGAACCAGGAUAUGAAAAUGAUUCUGUAGAGGACUUGAAAGAAAUGACUGCAAUAUCUUGUCGGAAAAGAGGCAAGCGACGAUAUUUCUGGGAGUAUAGCGAGCAACUGACACCGUCACAGCAGGAGAGAAUGCUGAGGCCAUCUGAGUGGAAUCGUGAUACAUUACCAAGUAACAUGUAUCAGAAGAAUGGAUUACAUCACGGGAAAUACGCUGUUAAGAAGUCACGAAGGACUGAUGUAGAAGACUUGACUCCCAACCCUAAAAAACUGCUACAAAUUGGGAAUGAACUGAGGAAACUGAAUAAAGUGAUCAGUGACUUGACUCCAGUCAGUGAACUUCCCUUAACGGCUAGACCAAGGUCAAGGAAAGAAAAAAAUAAGUUAGCCUCCAGGGCUUGCCGACUAAAAAAGAAGGCCCAGUAUGAAGCCAACAAAGUGAAACUGUGGGGUCUCAACACAGAAUAUGAUAACUUGCUGUUUGUCAUCAAUUCCAUCAAGCAAGAAAUUGUGAAUAGAGUGCAGCAGAGUCCUAAGGACGACAGAGGAACCAAUAUGGGACAGAAGUUUGAUGUGCUUGUCAAAGAUACUUUAGGACCACCUGUAGCUGAGCAAACAUCUGAAUUUGUGAACCAGGUUUUAGAGAAAACAGCAGAAGGAGAUCCUACAGGAGGCCUCGUCGGGCUUCGAAUACCUACAUCAAAAGUUUAGCAGAUAUUAGUUUAUCCAUUUUCAUUCGUCAGAACUCUGCCUGUGUCAUGUACUACAUUGUAAAAUUCUGGUCUGCAUGUGAGUUUAGCAUUAUUUAAAACACAGUUUAAGUUGAAUCA